AUGCCACGUGGGAAAGCAAAGAAUUCCAAGGACAAGACUAAACAACAAACAGAGAGUGAAAAUGAUAGUACAGAGGAAGAAAUGGAUACAGAAGAUGACUUUGACGGCAGUGGGAUUUCGCCCCCAGUGUCAUCAGUCUUGACCAGAGGCACUACAAGAUCGCCAGUCUUUACGAGACACCAAACAUAUCUUGCAUCCUCAAUGUCAACAAGUCACAAUUCAAUUCCUGGUGACAAGAACACAUCGUUAUCAGGCUACAAUUCAUCCAGAGCUUCAGAUUCUGAUAUUAGCCCAUCGUCACCAUCCAAAUACACAGAUUGUUCCUUUGAACCAUCUCCAAGCCUAAAAAGACGAGGAAUUGCGCAGCCAAAGGGGACAUUUUCUAAAUUACCAGAUCUUGGAACACAAGAGUUCAUUAGUGUUACACGUGAAUCUACCCCAUCACCUUCACCACCAAAAGUUGUCAGCAAGAAUAAAGAUGUCAGCCAAAAUCCAACAAACUAUUUCUGGAUAGUUAUACCAUGUGCUUUUUUUGCUAUUGUCAUUUUCCUGAUUUUUUCCCAAAAACCAGAGCCAGUCGCAUCUUUCAAUCAGUUCGAAACAUUUGUUCAAAAUAUUGACAAUUUCCAAUCACUGUUUCCAGCUCAAGAAAACCGAUUUUGGCGGACUGUGAAAGCGUCUGGAAAACAUGUCUUAAAUGUAUCUAAUCCUGAUUAUCCAGCAAUAUUGUUAUUCGUGACCAGGUCUAAACCAGCAAAUGAUGAUCAAUUUGAUGUGGGUUCUUGUCUCGCUCGAAAAAUCAGUGCUCAAUUUGAUUCUGCAAAUAUGGUUCAGACUAGUGGCUCCCCCAUUGUUGAUGUUGGAAAAUUGACCACAGGAUCAUCUCAACAGCAAAAAAUGGAGUUUGAUAACCAAUUGCGUAGUUUUUUGGAGAGCGACUACAAAUCAGUUAUUGUCGAACAUUUGGAACUUUUGAGUCCGUCUGCUGCACUUCUGCUUCAUGGCUAUUGUGAUAAUGACAAUGCUCCUUAUAAGGACAUCAUGAUAAUAUUGGUCUUCCAUGUUGAAAAUGAUAAUAUCAGCCCAAGAGCGGCAGAAGCUCUUUUAAAACAGUCCUGGGAAAGAGAACUAGAGGCAGAUAAGGUUGAUGCUCUGAUGAGCCGUGUAGCCAAUAACAUUGUCAUUGUUCAACCAGAAUCCAUUGCUUCUUCAUCUCAGUGUUACUAA